UGUGCCAAAGGGUAAGAAACAUAUACUUAGUAACACGUAAAUAAAAACAUAAUUAGCAUAUUAUUAUCGUCUGCUUUGUUAUUGUUCGUCAACUUGGCAAAAUGAGCACGGAGAAGAAACGGGGACAGAAUUGGGGGGUUGAUGAAGAGGUCGCUCUCAUCGAAGAUGUGAAAUUAAGAGCCAAUACGUUGUUCGGAUCGUUCAAAGGGAGCGGUGCAGUGAAGGGGAAAUUAAUAAAAGAAAAGGAGUGGCAGACAAUUGCCGAUAAACUCAGUUCAAGAUUUGACACUAAAAAACGGACCUGGGAGGAAACAAAGAAGAAGUAUUACAACGUUAAAUCAAGAAGCAAGGAAAAGUUGGACAGCAUUAAAAGGCCAAAGACGGGAGGGGGACCUCCACUUCCCCCAUUGACACAAGGGGAGGAUACUUUCCUCCGCCUUUCUGAGGCAGAGCCAAACAUCCAUGGCCUAGAGGGAGGGGUUGACACAGAUGUAUGGUUACUUGUUCAUACAAAUCCCAUAUACGGGUAA